AACAUCAUUAUUAAAUAAGUUCCAUGGUUGUGCACAUUUCUGAAUGAUAUAUGAAAAACGAUUUAUUGUAACCAUUUAAUAAAACAAUGUUCCACUGUCACUAAAAUAUCAAAGAAGUUAAUAAUUGCUCAAAAUGAUUUAGUAAGACAGCUUUAUUUAACUGUCCAACCCCUUACAAUCCUAAUAUAUAUACACACAUCCAUUCUUCAUUGUACUUCACCACUCUCUAGAGCAACACUUCCAUCUUAGAACUUGCUCAAUUUGAAAUUUAUCUUUGGAAAGAUGGCUUCCAAAAUCUCAGCCUCCCUUAUCAUUUUCCUCACAUUCAACAUCCUCUUUUUCACGCUAACUACAGCUUGUGGCGGUGGCUGCGGUUCCAUUCCCAAACCUAAGCCUAAGCCCACCCCAUCUCCAUCCUCCUCAGGAAGCUGCCCUAGAAAAACUCUCAAACUUGGCGUUUGUGCCAAUGUCCUAAAGGAUCUUCUCAAAAUCGAAUUGGGCACGCCACCAGUCAAGCCUUGUUGUUCACUCCUUAAGGGUUUGGUCGAUCUUGAGGCCGCGGCUUGUCUAUGUACCGCCUUAAAGGCAAAUGUCCUAGGAAUCAAGCUUAAUGUUCCCGUCUCUCUCAGUCUUCUUCUCAAUGCUUGUGGCAGGAAGACCCCUCGUGGAUUCAUAUGUGCUUGAUCUACCUAUCAAUGCUUCGUUAUUGGGAGAAUAAAUAUUCUCUCUUUUUCAUAUUCAUCUCUCUUUACAUCAUUCUUUGAAAUUACCUAUUGUCAAUUUUUAAUCGAAUAAAUGUUACUUCUAUUUCUGUUAUUGUAUUCGCUUUAAAAAGUGUGCCCAUGCAUAAUUUAAAGUAAUUAAUCGACUUCCUG